AUGGUCGUCUGCCUUUCCCUCAAGCCAAAUUUACAAUCAUGCAACGCUGUGUCUGGUGACGACAAGUUUCUGAACCUUCUAGUUUAACUUCUAACUACUGUGUCAAGUCUAUGUGCAACGACCAGUCCCCGGCCCUCUGAAGUAAGCACCCAUGUGCUCUCAAGGAAUGCGGCAAACGAAGGCUUCUGGUUUUUCCGUUCUCGAGAACGGCCUAAACCGCUCAACUGUCAUAAGUAUUCGUACGUCACUUACCUUCGUCUACAUUUUCGUUAUUAUUAUUUCGGCGUUAAAAAUAUGCACACCGCUUCUUUAAAUGAUUAUUGUGAAUGUUGUAUUUCCUCACAGUAAUGGUGCCGUGGUGUGGACGAGAUGCAGAGAUGAUUAUGAGUAAUACGCCGUCCGUCUGUCCUUACUUCUUUUUUGUUCUGAGAUUCCUUCGCGUUUUGCAGGUCUGGCUUGAAAAUAGCCGACAUUUUUCAUUAGUGUUAUCCAUCAUAUGACGAUAAACGCAAUCUUAUUGAAGUGUCAUUUGCUCUGGAGAGGUUUGUUUUCGGACGCACAAUCUGUCGGUAACCUGAGAUAGGGUGGACAUAUGUUAGUUUGUCUGGUUACUCAUUGCCACUCUUUGGCUGUAAUGAUAAAGUUGGACAGGCUAGUCAGUAGGAACGAGGUCUGACAACAAUAACCAAUAAAUCUUAUGCAGUCGGCUACCCCAUGGUCCAGGACACUAUGAAAUCUGCGCAGUCUUGCGUGGCAGCCCUCCUCCCCUCAUCUGCAUUAACGAUCCUCUGGGAUUUCCGUCCGAAACUGCGCAAGUAUCACAUCACUCUGCGUCGUAGCGCCGCCAAAUAAAAACAACUUGUUUGCGAGCAUUUGGCCGACCAACACUCUCGCGCCGUCCACUGUCUUUCAUCAAAGUACCCGCUCCAUAGUUAUCAUUAUGAAGAUUUCUUUACGAGCCAACGUUUCAGUCUAGCCAAAUGCUCCACGGACGGGCAUGAGAACGCAAAUAAUAAAGGCCGUUCUUGUUUCGCGCAGUAUGAUACACCACUUGCACUCAUCAUCCCGAACUUGUCUCUCAAACACAUCAGAGCAGCCGAAAUAAUGAAGUCUUUCUCUAUCUGGCUUCAUUAAGCACUAUUGACUAACACCGCAUCCUUGACAGCAGUCGCUACUGUUUGGAAUUGUAGGUUAACUUUCUGUACAGAAUAAACUCUUCAUGUAUUUGUCUUUCAUGUUCUGCUAGUCCGGCUGAACUUGAUAACUUUAGCAUUUAAAAGUUGCUUAAUGUCCUAGACACUCCACACAGCACAGUGUGAGCUCCACGCUAUGGUAAUUAAUCGAGUCGUUUUCCUGCAAUCAACGUGUGAUGCUGCGCCGACGGAAAGGUCAGGAAUCCACUUACAAAAUAUCGAUCCGCAACUCUCCCGUCACUGUCGGUGCAGUCUUCGAAAAGUCGAUUUUUCUGUAGAGGCGAUAAAUGGAAAUGAUGAAAUAUUUGAUGGUCUUAAUCAGAGAAUUUUGUUGUUGAAGUCAACUAACAGGGGCACCACACUGACAUGCUGGGACCCCCAUCUGUAAUUACCUUAAACCAGCUGUGUGGUAAGCUUCCAGGAGGAUGCUAUACCAUGCAAUCAUAAAGUAAGACAGGUUACGGUUAAGAGUGCAUCGUUGCGUCAAGCAAGUUUGCUGAGAGGUUCUCCAGUGGCAUGGAUCAGUAAGAAUGAUUGAAUGCCCUAUAAUCUUGCGGCCACCGAAAGCAUGCAAGAAGUCACUGUUUGGCUUCUAGACGGCUUAAGGAGUGGCACCAACAGCAGACCUGUGGUCAGGGUUUGAUAUCGAAUCAUGAUGUCGUGCAGCAGCCUCUCGUUUCCAGAAGACGUUCGCAUGUUUUCUGCAUUCAAAACCAAUUACUUUCGAGCGACCUUUAGUUGGUUGAGAAUAGUCACAGUUGGGCUUGCCAUGCUUGUAAAGAGUGUGAAAAUAUUUCCUUUUGACGCGGCCCCUCGCACGGUAUUCCGAUGGGCAACACUCACCGACGGGGAGUUUGCGAAGGAUGUGAGAGACUUGAGGCCCGGCAGCAAGAAUGAAUAUCAUUCAGCCGCCUUGUGGCAGCCAUUCACUUGUUAGUUUCCGCGUGCACACCGCAACCAAAAAGUACAUCUAAAUAUUGAGAAGUAAUAAAAGUUCGGAAAUACAUAAUUGCGAAGACAAGCGAGACCGAAAUGGCAGUCUCUGGUUUGCGUGCCGCCUUCAGUCACUUAGACUUAGACAACCCAAAAACUUUAUUUUGAACUCUUUUGUCCCCUUUGAGUAACUUUAUUGUGUUAGUCGAGCCGACCAGUAUUGACGCAAAUCCCAACGUACUGUCGUCUUUAAAAUAAUCUGAAACCAGGUUGCACACUCAAUUAAGUUACGCACAUAGGCAACAGAAUUGCAGCUUUAAUGAGGUUAGUCAACACUUAAAGAUAAGAAUGUAAAUUAUGGAAAUAUUUCCAUAAACUACAAAACUCCCAUUGCUGAGGAAUGAGUCUGUGAAUUCCGCCUUUGGGGCUCACCAUCAUAAGGGAGGAUCAAUAUAGUUUUUGGUCCUGGUACUUUCCGCCUAAGAGCCCAAAGUGUAAGAACUGAUAACACACAGGAAAAACGGGACCCUGGUAGUAUCGGUCGCACGAGUUGAAUUGAACAACCAGUAAUCUAAGUAACAUAAGUAUAAUUAAGUUUGCCUUUAUUGUGAACACAAUUUUUGGAAACAACUGUAUAUUUUCUCUGAUGCCAAUAUAAAACCCGUAUGUCUGUUCAUCAAAAACGUAGGCUCUUUGAAACUUCAAGUUUUGGUUAGCCUACUGCUCUUAGGAAUAAAAUUGUGAUUUUAAAAUGGCAUCGAAAAGGUGGUAGUAAGGUAAGUAAUACGUGCUCUUUUCACCUUCGCCUACGGAUAUGCUUAAAGUGGCUUGAUCCCACCGAGCUUAUAGUUUCCACCCCGAGCUAAGGACUGCCCAAUCCGAUUUAAGGUAGAUCAUAAAAUUAACUCUAGUGGUCAAUUGCCGUUGCGAAAGCCGAUUACUAAGGCGAGAGCUGCGUAUUCAUUGCAACAGGCUAUGCUUCCGUUCGUAGUCCUCUUCCCCUUGUCUUUGGCAAAUUCUUGCCGCCACCAUCUUUUGAUCUUGUUUUUAUUACCUUGACACCUGGAUGACAAUACCUCAUAACCCCUCUAGUAUGACACUUCCCUGGUGAACAAAGUAAGUUAUACGACGCACAAGUUAUUUUUCAUAAUGUACUUUUCUACAGAAGGCGGAUUCGUAGUCCUAGGCAAAUUACCCUACUUGUGAAAAGUCAUCAAACCAACCAUUUAGAGUCCACAGACAUACAAUUAGAUGGUCUUAAUUAGGGUUCACUCUUUGCAUUAAACGUGUGCCUCUUGUGAUUAGCCGGGAUUUUAUCCAGAUUCAUAAUCCAAUACCUUUGUCAGCACAAUCUAAGUUGAGACCAAUUCCAAAUAAGAACAGCCAUUUGAAGUAAUUAAAAAACUGCAUUAACUGACUUAGCGGGCUUUUUUUACUACUUGCCCAUUUUAAAGUUCUGUUUAGGCUUUUAGAAGGGAUGGGCUGCCUGCGAUUACACGGCCCUACCCCACAAUUUGCUUCCAGAUCCGCUAGCCUUUGAGCCAUGGUACUUUGGUCCCUCUUUUGGCUGUUUACGCCUUCAUGCAAGAACGUGGCUUUGGCGCACCCUAAGUGGCGGUAGAAAUAUGAAUUAUCGAUGUUCGGAAAAUUUUAUGUUUUUUUUAAAGAAAAUGGAAGAAAAUGAGUGUUUAUGAAAAUAGAGCAGAAUCCCUAAAAGAUUCAUUCGUUAAGUGCCCUCGGAGAAAGUGUUGAAUUUUUUAAGCCUCACUUAAGACCGAAAAUAAAUGAAAAAUAAGCAUUGAAAGUGGGACUGGCCGAUUUUAAGACGCGAACUAUAGGUUUUGGAUGACAAACUGAUUUUAUGAAGGGUAUACUGUUGAGUGUCAGGCUACUGCUUAAUAGAUUUUUCCAUCUAUCGUAUAGAACUAAGUACGUGCCCUGAGUGCAUCACUCCUUAUGCUUAAUCCUCUGUGGGACUUUUAAUACUUUCUUUUACUUUUUCUUUCAAAGAUAACUAGCUAUAUGAAUGCUCUAGCGGACAGUGAUGUUCGCCCUGUAGCUUAUAUUAGCUCAGAUCGAUAAAAGUCCAGCUACAUACACCUUUAUUAGGUUAAAUCUCUUCUCAACGAGUUACAUGCAUUUUCCACAGGCUGCAAACUUUUAAAUGUGCAUCAUAGCUAACCGUCUAAGACUAAUCUUGGCUAGCGUUUUAAAUCUGCUUAGAAUGAGCCUUAAUGCAACAGCACACAACCAGAAAUAGUUUGAGUACUAUUGGUUACUCACAUUUGCAGGACAACUGCCAAGUUUUUGUCAAAAUUCGAACAGCCUCAUGAGGUGCUAAAUUUUAAGUGGGCUUCGAAUCUCGCCGUAUGGUUCUUCAAGUUUCUCGUGCAAGACUGGGUGAGCCAAAUUUAGUCGGACAUGUGUGAAUAACGCCGUCCACUCUAGGCUCUAACAUGGGUUCUAUGUGGAAGGACAAAAACAUUUAGUUCGUUCUAACUUCGUUGUGACGCCCACUACUACCUGGUAAAUUAUUCUUUAUGCACCUGUUCGGCAAAUCAAGGCAGUGCUCCUGGUUGUGAUUUUAGCUCGUUUUAUUAGGCAUUCCAUUCCCGACAAAUGCCCUCGCUUUCCAGGUCCGGUCUGGAAUGCUUUCCUGGCACGCGUUUAAAUGACAUUUUUAUUCGGUUGUAGCCGCCGUCCGCUGAGUAGCAGUUUAACAUGGUAGACAGGCGCUAGCCGACCGUGUUACGGAACUCAUUCGUUCCGUUUUACCUUGGGGCUCUCUCUCUCUCGAUCCUAGCCAGCAGCCGCACGGCGGCGCGUAAUAUAGGCAACGUAACACUACUGACUAAGACAAGGCAGAAUGGAAUAAUCAUUUCUUGUCUAUUAGCCAUGGCCAGCCAGUCAUACCCAACCCCGAGGUGUGGAACACUUGGGACUCGAUCCCCAACCCGUUGAUUUGAAGUCCAACGCCAAUAAACACCAAACCAAGGGUUCUCUGUCUUGUUAGUUGUGUAGCGAUGAACUUCUAACUACCAGGUCGCGGGAUCGAGCUCCAGGUGUUCCAAACUUCGGGGCUGGGUAUGACUGGCUGACAACGGCUGAUAAGCCAGAAAUGGUCAUUCCAGUCUUCCUCUUCUUAGUCAGCAUUGUCACUCUGCCCAUAUACAUGCAUAUACAUAUGGCAGUUCGAUCGUCAUUUCUAUGUUCAUCGUGUGCUCCACGGCAAUGUGCAGUAGGCACGGUGACUUGUGCGUGAGUUAGUUUACGGUGGUAGUAGACUUGCACGGUACCUACCACACUCCCCUUCCUCAGCUUGGCCCGGAGUUAAGACAGCUAAGAAGACCGACGGCGGGGAAGGGCGCAGAUGGACGGCACGUCCUAGCCCGCACCUUGGCGCUCCACUCCCCAGCCCCUGGUCUCCACAGCAAACGACAAGGAUUUUGACCAAUAACAUCGUUAUCAACGACAACGACAGCAGCGGAGAGACAAGGAUGACUAGGCAACUUUGCUCGUGACCUGUAUACCCAGCAGGAGCGCAAGCGCAUACCAGGUUGCGAGGGCCAUGGUUUGUUGAUCCUGGCAUGUCAGACGCUUUCAGACCUUUAGGCCAUAUAUAUAGGCAGAAUGACAUUACUGAUAUAUAGAUUACGUGACCUAUCUCACUAAACCUGAUGACGAAAACUGCUGUAAGUAUUUUCGGACGUCUUAAACGUCGCGAAUUUUUCUCUCUCGUCCACACUCUUCAAGGAAACGUUCUAUUCACGUGCAGAAAAUGUGCCUACACAAUUUCAUCAAGCAAAUUGCUCGUACAUUUAAGCGAAAAUAUACGUUGCGAUACGGUCGGAAAAUUUCCUAUGAUAAUACCUGUUGUAGAUUUUACUUGCGCAUCUUAGCGUGCUUUUCUUUGAUAGGGCAGACUUUGCCGCACCUGAAAAUUGAUUUUUUCUCUGAUACCAACCAUGGGAAUCAGCUUGCUAACAUACAAAUUAUUUUUAGAGAACCAGACGUUUCGCCAAUUUUUGAAAGUUAUAAUGGCAAAUCUGUGAGACUCCGUGCCCUAAAGUGCAGUAAUAACGCCCACUGGCAAUGGGCCGAAAUUGCUUUGUCAUUUGGAAACUUCUAUGUUUUGACACCGAAAUGAUUACCACCCAAUAGUCAUUUUCGGUCUUGAAAAUAGGAAACCUUACUUUUCAUGUGGUUUACUUUCUGCGUGGGCGUAACUUAGCAAUGGAACGAACAACGUUAGCAGCUUCGACAAAAUGUCGACCUUUCAAAGACCUCCCUGCCAUGCAUUCACAGUCGUAGAACGCAGCCUACAAGUGAGACAAGAUGACGAAAAUAGACGUAAUGCAAACAGAAAGGCAUGUUCUCUGUCUGCGGUAGACAAACAUCAACACUUUUGACAACGUAACAGAAAAAGCCAAAUUUUUUUUUCUUGGCUUUACUGUGUAAAAAUGUAAAGUACAAAUACAUCCGUCAAAAAGGCCACUCGAAGAAGGCCACUCAUUAGAGGAGACUUUUUAAUUGACAGAAAGCAUAUUAGUUGUUGGCUUUUAUUGUGAAAGUUCAUUUUAUUCGACAAUGAGGUUUCAUGUUUUGGGGGGUAUUCAAAUGUGGCCCAAACGACCUUCUAAAUAGAAAACGCCUGAGCACCCACUGCCUCAGUAAAUGCCUUCAACAAGUGUCUUCAUCUGAAGGAUUUAAUUAACGCAUAAUACGCUAUCUACCUUUAUGGGAAAUCGGUUGAAAACAUUAAAAAAAUUGUGAAAUAUUCAGCGAUAUCAAAGCCGAUCUGAAACUCUGCAUAAUCCGCACCAAACGAAAAGUGUAGACUAAUUUGACGGAAGAAAACUUCUCGUUAUAUGCACAAAAUGGUAUGUGCACGAUUACACUUGUCACGUCUAUUUAAAGUUGGUAGUCACUGACCCGCCUGGCAACAUGCGCCCAAAUGAAAACUUUUGUCCUUAUGAUGUCCCUACUGACGAAAUUAAGCGAAAUCCUAUUUGCCUGCUGGAUCGCAUCUUAAUCAGUUCAGCAGCGAAAGGCAUACAACGAAUCUUCGGGAAACUGUUGAGGGAUCUAUACUCAGGGUGUAGGCUGUUGCCAAACCACCAUAGCUGAUAUUACCUUAAUUCUCAAGGGAAAUUUAAUAUGAACUUAACUUAAAGAUUAUUUAAGAGGUUAUCCUAUUUGUUCUGUCAUAUUUACACAGUGCUUAGAAUGGACGGGCUUUCUGUACAUAUAAAACUGAAGUCUGGACAGUUACAAUGGUUUUUGAUGUUUUCGAAAUAUUCUGACCUUCUAGAAAAUCGGUAUUCCUGGACAAUGUAAAAUUACCCUUAAUAUUUCUUUUAUGUUUUUAAUUUCCUUAAAGUUUCUACUUAUUAAAAUAGAUAUCGGGUUCAUGCAUUGGUGUCAGUUUACGAGUGACUGAAAAUCAUUGGUAUAUUUCAACACCUUUCAUCAGUUAGACAACCUACUGUGUAUACAUAUAUAUGUUAAAGUUAUUAUACAGUAUAUAUAGGCACACAUACACAUCGGUUGCACGAUAUGCCACAUCUGACAACACGUAUACUAACUAAAAGCUCGGACACGUGUUUCGCCGAUAUUCUGCUGCUGCAUUACACAGCUGCGAGCAGUUCGGCUUAUCAGUGGACCCCAUCGUUCCCAGAGUGGUUUUUGACAGAUAUUCCUUUUUUAAAAUUGCAGCCUUUUAUUUCCUCGGAAAUGAAUCGCCAGCUUGGGGCAAAUCUGUCAAUUUAAGACCUUCAGACCCAGACUGAAAUAUGAUGAAUAUUUGGACCGACGUCCAUCAGCUACAGCGAAAUAGCCGCGUAAUAUUCAUAAACUGUCGGCUGACAGCUAAUAGUAUCUACAUAGGUUUGACAUAGUUUUUCAGAAAACCGAUCGAGUGUCCUUUGAGCUAGAAAAGCCAGUGAAGAAAAUAACAUCUUGCAGGAUUUUCCUGCCUCUCAAAUAUGCCAGCUUGUCUGGAGAUCUGGACCAGGCCUCUAGAAGAGGGGUCUGAGGUCGAUGUCGUGUAAAUUGAUUUCUGCAAAGCUUUUGAUACUGUUCCGCACCAACGCCUUCUUCACAAAUUGAGCGCCAUCGGCAUCCGGGGAGAUCUUCUGAACUGGAUAACGGAGUUUCUGGUUGGUCGGAGGCAACGUGUCUGUACCGGAGAUGAUAUGUCAGAAUGGGCGAACCUGACCAGUGGUGUGUCUCAGGGCUCAGUUCUGGGCCCAUUGCUUUUCAUCCUUUAUGUUAAUGACAGCCUUCGAAAACUCUACUGUGACAAAAUAAUGUCUGCCGAUGACGUUAAACUCCGGCAGGUCGUUAAAAGUCCUUAUGACCAGAGAACCCUUCAAAACAAUCUGCAUCGACUGCAAGCGUGGUUGGAGAAAUGGCUUCUAAAUUUCAAUGUACAGAAGUAUGCCGUCCUUCAUAUGCGUCCAACCAAUUUUCAUUCUAAUGAGAAACUGAGGACAUAUCACCUGAAGGGUAUAAGACUCCCUGCGGAAUCUGCACAUAGGGAUCUCGGGGGUUGGAUACAGAACAACCUGAAACCAACACUAAAGUGCAACAAGGCUGCAAAAAACGUCAAGUGAGUGCUCCAUGCAAUCAAAAUGGCGUUUGUAACCUUUGACAAGACCUUUUUGGGAGAGUUUACGGCACCUUUGUUCGGUCUCGCUUAGAAUAAGGCCUAUAAGUAUGGCGGCCAUGGCUAGUAAAGGAUCAAGCAUGCCGCGAACAGGUACAACGUCGUGCACUAGCUGACAAACUGUCUAAAAAACCAGUCCUACACAUACAGACUGAAUUUCCUUGAUUUAUUCCCUCUGUGUUACAGGCAGCAAAGAGGUGAUCCUAUCCUCGUCUACAAGAUAAUACAUGGCCUUGAGCAUGGACUUAAAUUUGAGGACAUGUUUCAGUGGCACCUUUCACCCUACCUUCAUGGUCACUCGACGAAGCUACGGUCAACAAUUAUCAGGCUGAAUCUUCGUUCUGAAUUUUUCACCCAAAGGGUAGUGGGGAAAUGGAACGACCUCACUCAGUCAGUCCUGGAGACGAAGCCUCUGCAUCUCUUCAAGAAACGCUUGGAUGAUAAUUUGUGUUCCCGUUUUUUCCCUCAGUAUUCUGAACUGAACUAA